AUGCAUUCCAGGAACAUCAUCGGCUGCAGCAACCUCAAGCACAUCCAAAGUGUCCACAACAACGACUACACUCAGAACAGUCACAACCUCCACAGUGGCGCCCAGCACGGCGACUCGUACUCUCAGACCGGGUUUGAUAUCAACGGCAACAAGCCAUCAGCCAGCAACCCCCUUGGCAACCCACCUCUACCGGGAUGGACAGCUGCCGGCGGUCUCAACUGGGUGGGCAUGCUGGUCUCCCAGCUGCAAGUCUCAAAUCUUCUGUCCUACAAUUUUGCCUACGGUGGCGCAACGACGGACUCCAACAUCGUCAAGCCGUACGACCCCAGCGUCAAGAGCUUCGUGGACCAGGUCGGCCAGUUCAGCAGCUCCCUGGCGGCUCACCCGUCGUACGCCCCCUGGACAGCAUCAAACACCCUGGUGGGAGUAUGGAUCGGCGUGAACGAUGUCGGCAACACGUACUACCUCAGCAACGUUACUGACGUUACCAACGCCGUCAUUGCCAAGUAUUUCGAGCAGCUCCAGAUCAUCUACAACGCUGGCGCCCGGAAUUUCGUCCUUCUCAGCGUUCCACCGAUCCAAUACACGCCUAUGAUGCUGCAGCAAGCCUCGAGCGCCAGAGACGCCGAGGCAACUGUCAUCGCCAAGUACAACCAGCUGCUGGCGUCCUCGCUUGCGAAGUUCACGUCGGCCAACAGCGGCGUCAACGCAAAGAUCGUCGAUACCACGACGCCCUUCAUGACCGCCAUCAAGAACCCCACCGCAUACGGAUCGCCGGACGCAACCUGCUACAACGCCGACGGCAAGAGCUGCCUGUGGUUCAACGAUUACCACCCCGGCUAUUCGAUCAACAAGCUGGUCGCGCAGGCUGUUGCGAGCGCGUGGAAGGGAAGCUUCUUCUAA